AUGGAUGUUAGAGUUGAAUUUUUAAAUUAUUGUGAAAUUUGGAUAGCUGGACCUCAAGAUUUUGAUGCAUUUAAAAAUAAGUAUACUAAAUUUGGAAAUUGUUUCAUUGGUGUUUGUUCGGUGGGAGAUUUUCAAACAGUAAAAUCACUUAGAGAACGAGUUGGUUAUAUUACGAAGAUUAAAGAUAGAUUGCUAAAUGAUUUCCCCAUGUUAUUUGUCAUUAAUAAGACUGAUUUAUUGGAAGAAAUAAAAGGAAAGGAAGUUAUCGAAAAUUAUAGAAAGGAAAUUUUCUCAAUUAUCGAAGAAUUUUCUCUCCUUAACACAUCAAUAUUAGAAACAAGUGCUAAAAAAAGAGAAAGUGUAACCAAGAUUUAUGAGGAAAUUUAG